AUGACCGCAAUCAGACACGUGUUACUUUAUUUUUUAUUCUCUGUUCUCUCAUUAGGACUCUCAGGUGACUUAAAAACUGUCGCUCUACAUGAUAUUUUAAACAUUGAUCUUUCCGAAUAUACAGAAGGGUCAAAUGCUGCACUUCUAUUCAUAAUUCCUGAUAACUGUCAUAACUGCCAUAUGCACAAGAAACUCCUUAAUGAAAUUUCAUCCGACGUUCUAUACAGUGAUAUUUUUCAUCUCAAUGAUAUGACUGUUCCUUGGAUUAAUAUGCUUUCUGCCCCAGCUAUACUGUUUUUAAACAAUGAAAGGAAAAUCCCUUAUCUUGGUCCACUCCAUCGCGCUCAUCUUAUUAACGCUAUGCAUCAGUUUACUACAGGUGUGCAGUCAGCUAGAUUAGAUGAUGCUAAUUUUGAACACGAUACUCAGGCCUCUACUGGCUCGACAACGGGCAACUGGCUUGUUAUUUUUGAUGAGAUCACACCAGACACCUUACAGAUCUACGAUGGAUUGUCGUUAACUUUACGCGCAAAACAUGUAAAUAUAGGCAUUCUUGAUCCGAAACAGUCGACGCGUACAGCUAAACGUUUCAAUAUCAGCGUACCAUCGGAUUCUGCUCAGAAUAAUCCUCUAAUUUCAGCAAUCUUAUUAAAACAAUCCACCAUGUAUCAAUAUUCAAAAAAUCUACAUCGAAUGGAUUAUGAGCAAGUUACCCAAUUUGCGCUUACUGGCUAUCCAAAUUAUAUUAAAGGUUCAAUUCCACGCCCACGUAUGAUGUUUGAUGAAAUGGUCGAUGCUCUUGUUGGAUUUACUGUGGACCUACAAAACGAAUUCGGGAAACCCCUCGUAAUAUUGCUUGGAGUUAUUGCGUUGUUCAGUGUUAUGAUUUUUGUUGGUUUAAUACUAGUAGUAGGAUUUUGGUUCGCAGGAUCUUUUGAAAAUGAUGAUGCAAAAGAACAUGUCUCAUCGAUAAAAUCGCCUCAUCAAACUGGUGAUGAUAAAAGAUCAGAAUCAAUUAAGAAAACGAAAAACGAAUGA